AGAAAUAUCACUUAAACAUUUGAUUAUACCGUUACGUGAGAGCGUCUCUUGUUUUAUUGUUAGCCGAACGUGUCCUAGUGGCAGGUUGCUGCAGUUUGAGGGGAACUAAUCGUGACCGCCGCUGCCGCCUACACAAAGCCCCGUAGCUAGUAGCUAGCCAGUUAGCAUGUAGCUGCCAUCGUCAGCGACGCUAGCUAGAUGCUGAAGACGUUGUUAAAUAUGUUCUUGAACCGUUCAAUGUCAGCCUGUAGAUGCCACAUCAAGGCAAUGACAGUCGGCGAGCUUUGUCGAGCGUUCAUUCCGUUAACGGCGGCCGCUCGCGGGGGACAAAAAUAGCUGUCAGCUAAUGAAAUUUUCAUACACAGCAGCCCGAUGUUAUGACUUUGUCCUUCGAGAGAUGCUGGCUGUUGUUACAUCAGCAGCUGGCAACGAUAAAGCGGAUUCAGGCAACGCGCCAGCGGAGGGUUUGCCCCACAUUUCACCGAGUUGCAUGAGACGGAGACCGGUUUUUCUGUUCACCGUGAUCAAUGAGCUCAUCUGUCACCAGCUGUGACGCUCGCCUGAACGCUGCUGAUGUAAAGUCUCCCUGAACCUCAUUGACCUUCAGUGGCAGCUUGGCCCCUUCAGCCAUCAGUCAACAUGCAAGGAUUUUACUCGAAGCUCGACUCAUCCCCCUCCUCAUCGCCAUUAUUAGGCGUGGGCCUUGGGGCUGACCAUGCGCCUCUUCCUCUCAGCUUGGCUGUGGAGACUGAGAAAGCACAGGCUCUUCUCCAAACGUUCAGCUCUGCCUCCCUGCUUGCAUCAGCAGGGCUUGGAAUGUUCUGCGUGGUGGCGGACCACGCUCUGCAGCUGCCAGUUAUCCAGCACCAUCUGUGGCUGCGUGCUUCCUUGGACAAUGCCACGCACGGAUUGAUUGGGCUGUGGUCAUGGGCAGUAGUCAUUGGACUGAGGAAAAAAAGUGACGUGUAUGAGGUGCUGCUGGCUGGUCUUCUAGCAUCCAUCAUAGACAUGGACCACUUCUACAUGGCUGGAUCCUUGUCACUUAAGGCUGCGGUGUCUCUCCCUCAGCGUCCUCCCCUACACUGCUCCUCCCUCAUCCCCGUCCUGUGUCUCUCCCUCCGCUUUCUCAUGUGGAUCGGACGCCUUAAAGAUGCUUGGUGCUCCUUGCCAUGGAUGCUUUUCAUCUCCAUGGCGACGCACCACGUUCGGGACGCAGUGCGCCAUGGCCUGUGGGUGUGCCCCUUGGGCAACACGGCACCGAUCCCUUACUGGCUGUACGUCAGCACCACUGCGACUCUUCCUCACCUUUGUUCAGUCCUCAUGUAUCUGACAGGAACCAGAGAUGUGAUCUCCACCAAACACGGCGUGGCCAUCGAUGUUUAGAGGCCUCGGACUUUCCACCGACUUUACCACCGGAAAAUAUGCUCUUGGCUACUAAACAACCUUUCCAGUUACUACUGUAUAUUUGAUAUGCUGCGUCUGGGAAUAGAGACUGUCACGGACACUGCAUUAAACCUAAAUAUUGGACUGAAAUCACUGAAGAAAAUAAUGUGUCACCUGAGUGAUAUCAAAACUUAAAACACAUGAUUUAAGGGAGUGAAGAUGAACACAACUCACAUUUUCCGUCCUGGGUGAAGAAGAAUGUUAAUUAACAUUUAUUGGAAAAUUAACUGAUAUUAGGAAAACAUAAUUUCAUAAUACCUUAAAUCCAAGGAUGGAACAUCAGGAAACAGCUGCAGGCGCCACCAAGCAGGCGUGUUACCAGAGUAAUUAGUAUUAAUUAGAGAUAAAGAAUAGACUCAUCUCUCCUGUUAAACCCCGUCGUCCGUUUUGCUGCUGUAAUGAGCUGUAUUGUCCACUGAAUGCUAUGUUUUGAAAGUCAUAGUGGCAGCUGUGUUUUUUCUCAGGUGGAUGUGGAUUCGUGGUGUUUGUUUUUCAGCACUUUGACAUGAUGUAAGUUUUUGCCUAAAUAUGUCUUUGAUUUCAACCAGGAAGCAUCCAUUUGAUUAAGUCAUUAUAGCAAAGGCUGAAAUGACAGGACUUAUUUUAUUAAGUGGUUACUUGUUGUUUUAAGCCCAACCGCUGGAGGAUAAGGGUGAAAUGAUGAAAGUUGGUAGAUAUUUUAACAUUUAGGGGAGUAAAUUGUACAGUAAUGUUUCAUUACCACUAAUAUUUUCAUUGUUUUAGAAUAAUAUAAAGUCAUUUCUACAUGUGUAUUUUUUGUUAUGCUACUGUGUAAAACUUAGUCUACAUGCCGAUAUUUUGAUCAUAUUUCAAGAAAUGACAUCAGUUGAUUCGCAGGAUAUGAUUUACUCUGAAAAGUACGUCUUGGUAAAGGGUGACUUGAUUCGUUUUUAAUAGUUUGUUGCGGCAGAUCUGGGCAGUACAUGCAGCAGAUGUCUUCAGCGUGCUUCUGUCUAAACUGAAAAGAACCUUUGCCAAACUCGAAAGAAGGAAACGAACUUUCCUUGUUUUAUUGUUAACAAGUUACUGCGUUUACGAAUAUAAUGAAUUCAUGGGCCAUUUUUUUAAAUAUUGCUAUUUAUAUAAUUUAUAUAAUUUAAAACAAAUUUCUACUUAUACUGUGAGUCUGAUGCUGUGUUUUGUUUGUAGUUACACUUGAUGUCCAGAAGGUGGCGGUAAUAAGCUGUAAGAAAGUGAUUCCUCCAGAAUCCAGACUAAUCAGGUCCUUAAAUACACGAUCUGUGCAAAGUGUGAGGGAAGACUGUUGACACGUUCUUUAGUUUGAUGUGAGGAACCAACAUGUGAUGGCUGCUGACAUCGACAUAAUCAAUAAAGAAUCCUUCUCUGCUGCUGCUUCUGUUUAAAGUGUGAUCUAAUUUAAUGUAACCUUAUGUUGGAUUUUGCACAUUUUUUAAGUUUAUGUUUUGAAAUAUUUGUUAAAUACUUUUAUUGCAACUGUUUAAUUCUGGCAGGACCUCAGUCAUUUUAAUGUAAUGUUAUGUUAUUUGUAUUCCAAUAAACUAUCCAAACUA